AGCGAAUUCGAGCCCCAAUGUCACGUGUUUCGAACGAAGCGCCUGCGGAAGCCGAGGCCGUGCCAGCUGUGCCAUCAGGCGGUGAUAAAGCAGGCAUCCUGCUGUCGAGUUUGCAAAUACACCUGCCACAAGGCCUGUGAGGAUAAGGACUCGAGGUAUCGGGACACUUCGCAACAGAUCUACAAACAAUGGCAGGCAGAUCCGGCGCGGGCCUUCCCGACGGUUGGCAAUGGCAGCGUCACCAACAGCGGUACAGGCGACGCGACGGACUCGCCGACGAAAGCCACUUCCUACAACUCUAGCGUGGUGAGUUUCCCGUUGCCCUCCUCUAUUACUAUAAGUAUUCACAAUGGGGGUUACGAGACACAGCCGAGGAACGCCAGUACGCCUGUACGUAACAAACAGCUACAGCAACAACAACAACAACAACAACAACAGCAACAUGAGCAGCCCCAGAGGACGCCGGGCGUUGGCGCGGACGCGACGGCGGUGGUUUCCUCCAACGGCUACAGCAACGGCCGCGUCAGCGAGGUGAUGGAGCUGUGCUACGUCACCGAGAGGAUAAUAGCCCUCUGGUACAGGGAGGACGCCCGUGGGGUCUUGGAGCACGCGACGUCUCUGCUUAGGGGCAAACACGCCGACAAUUACAUGAUCUUCAAUCUGUCGUCGAGCCAAGCGAGCGAGCCAAACACGCGGGAGGUGGGAUGGCCCCAGGCGCUGGCACCGAGUCUGGAGAGGCUGUGUGCCCUCUGCAAGGAGCUGGACUCCUGGCUGAAUGCCGCCUCGAACCGCGUCGUCGUUCUACAUGCCAGGGGCAGUAAAGAACGACUGGGCGUAGCCGUAUCGGCGUACAUGAACUACAGCAGCAUCUGCGGGAGCCGCGACCAAGCCCUCGACAGGUUCGCCAUGAGACGAUUCCUCGACGACAAAAUCGGCCCGCUCGGCGUCCCCUCCCACAGAAGGUACAUAGAGUACUUUAGCGGUCUGCUGGCUAGCUCCCUGCUGAUAAGCCAGUCUCCCCUGUACCUCACGCACCUGACGGUCCUGGGCGUGCCGAUGUUCGAGCCGACCGGCUGCCGGGCCUUCUUCAAGGUUUACGAGGGCCUCACCCCCAUAUACACGUCGGAUCUGUACUCGGUGACCAACACCCGCGAGUUCGCGGUCAACUUGGGCGGGCUGAGGUUGAGAGGGGACAUUUUGGUCAAGUGCUACCACAGGGUCUACUCGAACCAGGGCCGUGAGGUCGUGUUCUCCCUCCAGUUUCACACGGGCGUCAUAACCGAGAACGUCGUCUCGUUUCCCCGCUCGGAACUCGACGUCGCCUGCGAGGACCCGAGGUGCCCGCCCGACAGUGUGGUCACCCUGUACUUCGCCAGCGACCCCAAGCGCCUGGAUGGCCCGACGCCCGCGCCCACCCCGGCUGUGCCCCACGCCUCUGCCCACCAUGACCCCGUUCUACACUGGGACAGCUACACGAACCUCGAGCUCAGCGACGACGAGGGUCGGGAGACGCCGUUGUCGCCGCCACCGCCACCAGCUGCGUUGGGCUCCUCCGCGCAGACGUCGCCGCGUGGAUUGAGCUACACCCGGGGUCCGGAUGGCUCGCUCUACGCGGUGGUACAGACGAGCGGCACCCACGGGGCCGGCACCCGCGGCUCGCCGCUGACCGUGUCUAUGGACAGCGGCAUCAGCAGCGCCCCACCCCAGAGACCCAGCCCCCCCGAGCCGACUCACCAGGAGCCCGAGAGCCUCGCCCACACCGACCUGGACAAGCUCCUCCAGGACAUGAUGCUCACCGUCGAGUCCAUGCCCGAUCCCCCGAACGACGAGUACAACCGACCCAUGCAAAACGGGCCCUCGAAGAUGUACAUCCACGAGCAGCAUCCACCGACCCGCGGAGGGUCCUCGGCCUACUCGACCCUCAAGGACUCGUACCGCAGCUACAACAACAACUGCGUCAGCAGUAGCAGUAGCACGGUGAAAGAGUCGAGUCCGCCGUACUCGAGCAGCAGUUACAGCACCCUCAAGCAGCACAGCAGCAGCCACCGGCCGGGCUACGACUCGGUCGACUUUGCCAGGGGCUCGCCCGACCAGCGGGCCAAACACGACAACGGCUCGUUCUCGCCCCCGGGCAACAUCGACUACAUAGACGAGGACAUACCGUACCACGCGCGCCAGACCAGCCAGCCGUUCUCCUACGGCGCCACCAACGAGAUGAUCAAGCACCAGAAGCUCUCCUCCCCGUCCCUCGUGAGGAAGGCCUCGCUACGGGGUGGCGCACCGGUCGCCGAUCUCGACGACAUCCUCGGGGAGAGUGGUAGGAGGCCCGCGAGUCCGCUCAGCCCGACGCCCGACCCGCCCCCCGAGUUCGCCAACGGGCCCGUCCCCGCCAAGCCGCAGUACCGCGACAAGGACACCGACGGGCAGUCGUGGCUGAAGCAGCAGCAGCUGAAGUUGGCCGCGCGCCGGGACGAGCGCAGCCCGGCGAGGCUGUGGCGCCAAGAGACCGGCAACCGCAUGAUCGGCGAGCUGAGGAGCGUGCAAAAGUCGAGGAUGCGCCACGACGGCUACGCCAGCGACUCGGCGGUCCUCGACGAUCGCGACGACGACGCCGACGACGACGACGACGACGACGCCUGGGCCCUUGGCUCCCCCAACGGACAGUCGACAAUGAGGUCGACGACCACGACAACGACGACGAACAUGUCAGCACCGGCGAGUCCCUUGUUGCCGCAACGCUCGUCGAGCUGGAAAUUGAACGGCGGAGUCGUGGGCAGCGGGAGUUACCAGCAAAGUAGGCCGAGGGCAGUGAGCGUCAACGAGCGGCCCUUCGUCGCCGCCAAGCGAGCCUACGAGUACAAAAAACACACCGACAGCCACAGUCCACUGCUCCAAAAGCUGAGCAACGGCCACCAGCAGCAGCAACGCCAGCCACCGCGGCCCGAGUCGCGCAGCGACAGCUACGCGCGCACCGAGUCCUUCCUGCGCGAGCACAGCCGGCUGUUGAGCAGCAGCCUGAGCAACCACAGCUCCGGCAACCACGUGGCCUUCGACCUCGACAGGGAGGGCAGCAGCGCCGUGUCCUCGCGCUACCCCUCGAGGCCCGAGUCCAGGAAUCAGUCGUCGAGCUAUCACCUGCCGGCUUGCAACGGCAUCACCCGGAAGGAGAGCAACGGCCUGCUGACGACGGUCGACCAGCCAGCCCAGAACUCCGCGACUACCGACCCUCUCGUGAGCCUCAUUGAAUCGCUGGCCGAGAUUAGGCCACUCUCGGAGCCUGUCGUAACGGCGCGGGCCAAUGGCACCAACACCAAUACUAACAACAACAACAACAAAAACCACAAAUGCACCAAUGUUAACAAUGGCCUAGCCAAACCAUUACCGCACGAGUCGCACCAUAAGAAGCCGGCAGUCGUACCUAACGCCACUGCCGGUCUCGUAACGGUCCCAGGAAGCGCUACUAACACCCGCACCUCUAACCAGUCGCCAAAAGCAUGGCAGAAUUGCACCACCGCACCAAAGUCGCACAAUGACUCGCCGUCAUCGUGGACCGAGAGGAGCGUCAGCCCAGGAAGCGCGCCGGUCACGGCCUCGCGCCCCCAGACGCCGGCCUUUCCCGUGCACCCGCGCACCCCCUACGUCAACAACAACAACAACGCCUCGCCCAGCGUGACCUUUGCCUCGGAUCGUCCCACCCACCAGCCCCAACACCACUACGCGCAUCACGCCAACAACUCGCUGACAGCGAGUUACGGCAACAACAACGCCCACGCUGAGACCAACAACAACAAGAACGUGGCCAAUUACGGGGCUGAGAGGACGAUCUUCAUCGAAGAACGCAGAGACGCCAGAGAGACGGGACUUCCGCCAAAGAGUCCGACAACGCAGCGACGCUUGAGUUUUCCGGAGAAUAGUGGCUUGGCAAUCGAGCCGUGCGGCAAACGGUGGCCACUAACCAAGCAGUCGGCUUCGUUUGACUAUAGCAAGGACCGACCUGUCUCUCCGUUGGACGAGAUCGUUGGUAACAAUUCUUACAGCCGUGGUCCUGGCACUCCCACGCACGCUGAAUACGGCCAUGGUGCAAAGUUUAAAACGGUAGUUAAACUGACAGACGAAAUCGCCAUGAGCGCGGUAUCUUACACGUCGAUAAACAGCGCGGGCCACUCGUCGACGCACACGCAGUAUUACGGCUCCCGGCGAUCGAGCGUACUCUCCAACACGGAGCCGCACGAAGUAGCGGACGCCAAUGUCAAGUUUGUUCGAGAUACCAGUAAAAUCUGGUACAAGCCCAACAUAUCCCGCGAACAAGCAAUAGGAAUGCUUCGGGACGCACCUCCGGGAACAUUCGUCGUGCGGGACAGCAAUUCCUUCCCAGGUGCGUUCGGGCUUGCGCUGAAGGUGGCGACACCGCCUUCCGGGGCACCAACGAGCCCGAGGGAGCCGUCGAACGAGCUGGUCCGGCACUUCCUUAUCGAGCCGACCUCGAGGGGCGUGAGGCUGAAAGGCUGCGCCAACGAGCCCGUGUUCAGCUCGUUGUCGGCCCUCGUCUACCAGCACAGCCUCAUGGCCAUGGCUCUGCCCUGCCAGCUCCUGCUUCCCGAGCCCGAGGCCGCCGUACGGGCCAUCGAGUCGUCGAGCAACGGCAACGGUCCUCAGCAGCUCCUCGCCCAGGGCGCCGCCUGCAACGUGCUGUACCUGUUUACGAUGGACACCGAGUCGUUGACCGGGCCCCAGGCCAUCAAAAAGACCAUAACUGCCCUCUUUGACCAAAAGUCCCUGCCCAGCGCGACCAUUGUCCACUUCAAGGUGUCGUCCCAGGGCAUCACCCUCACCGACAACGCCCGCAAGCUCUUCUUCCGCAGGCACUAUCCCACGAGCAACAUCAGCUACUGCGGCCUCGACACCGAGGAGCGCACCUGGGACUUUGUCAGCGAUAACGGCCGCCCGCUCAGCGAACACCGUUGCUUUGGAUUCGUCGCGAGGAAGCCCGCCCACAAGUCCGAUAACCAGUGCCACGUGUUUGCGGAGCUCGAGCCCGAGCAGCCGGCCACGGCGAUCGUCAACUUUGUCAACAAGGUCAUGAUGGGCAGCGCGCACGCCAAAGCCAACAUUGUAUGAAAGCGGCGUUAACGGCGGUUUCUCUGAUUUGUGGGGCGAUUGGGGCUACGAUUUACGGCCAAAAAUGUACAAACCAAAACAAA